UUAUGAUUAUAUAGGAAGAAACGUUAUUCUCUCUAUUUGAUUGGCAUCAUGGUCAUCGAAAUUCCCUUUCUCCUCGCUUUCGCUGGAUGGUUUCGGUUGUUUCAAGCCAACGUAGAACACCCCCAACUUAUUCAAAAGCAAGACUUGUUUCAAAUUCUGUUGCCACGUACAAAGCAAAUGAAAGGGACGAAUCAAACGUCUGUGCAACAGUAUCGUACCAAAUUCGAAGGACUGGAUGUUCAAGAUUUGCUUGCCAAAAUAGAAGGCGCCACUGCUCAAAAUCUACGAAUACGUAUCACUCACGACCAGCGAACUAAGAAAUCACGCGUUGCUAUAGAUUAUACCGAAUUGGCUUUUCCAAAAAUUAUUGACAUUUCGAAAACCAGUGGAAGAAAUCCAUCGAAGAAAUAUGCUUACGUCCAUCAUCAAUACAAUGACCAACUUUCGAAAAACACUCGCGCAUUUAUUAGCCUUUGUGCGCAAGCUGGAACAACCAGGCGAAAAGUUGUUAGGCCUUUUGUCAAACAGACAAAACUUAGUUCUGACGAAUCCUGGUUUCUUUUGGAAACUUAUUACGAUGUCAAGUACUUAGACAGCCUGCUAGCAGCCGCUGAUUAUGCAACUCUUGUGGACAUGGCGGAGUACUUGAAGGAAUGUCCAUCCAACAGUCCGGAUCAUGUAAGCAUACAUUUCAUUGACAACUCACAAGCAUCGAUGGGCUUUACUGCAGCGACUCUUCGCUUGAAGGAAGAUUAUUAUAAGGAGAUUGUAAAAAACACCACUCAAAAAGGUUGGACUGAAUGUUCAUUUGUUGACAGAGCCAUGAAGCGAACUCCUGGAAAACAAUAUUGCGUGAACGGAGAUAUUAUAAAAGAUUGGAAAGUAUUUGAAAAAGAUAUCGUUAAAAAUGAAAAAUGUCUUAAUAUAUACUUAUGGAGAGGAAUAGAUGGUGUUACAUAUCGUUUGAAGUUCAGUGAAGAUAAUAUGAAGUUUUCCUCAAUUGAUGUUACAUAUGCGUUGAGACCAGGUCAGCCCGUCGUGAACGAAGUCGAGCGUUUUGCGAAAGAUGCCCUUGAUGAGAACUAUAUUGCAGUGUAUGUGCGAAGUGAGUUUAUGCUACGAGGUUCAUCUAUGGAUUAUCUUCGAAAAUGUGUUGAUUUGGUGCUCGAGGUUUGUAUUCGCAUUUUGUAUUGCCUAGAUACAGCACACAACGUAUAGGUGAAUUAGUGCCCGUAUUAGAGAAGUGUCCGUAUAAGUGAUGAGUCUGUAUUAGAGAGGUAUAUGUACGUAUUGGAGAGGUAUACGUAUUACGGUAUUAGAGAGAUUUAUGUAUUAGAGAAGUGUUAUUCGUAUUUUGUAUUUCUAGAUACAGCGCAUAACGUAUAGGAGAAUUAGUGCCCGUAGAGAAGUGUCCGUAUUAGUGAUGAGUCGGUAUUAGAGAGGUAUAUGUACUGUACGUAUUGGAGAGGUAUACGUAUUACGGUAUUAGAGAGCUUUAUGUAUUGGAAAAGUGUCCGUAUUAGAUAUAGGUGUCCGUAUUAGAGAGGUGCCCGUAUUAGAGAGGUAUACGUAUUAGAUCUUCGUGUUAGAGACGUGUACGUGUUAGAUAGGUGUACGUGUUAGAGAGAUGUCCGUAAUAAAAAAGAUGUUCGUGUCAGAGUGGUGUGCGUACUAGGGGUGGACCGUUAGAUAUCUGAUGGGGGGUUGCGUAAAUCCCCCCAAAAAUAUCGGGCAAGCACUUCUGAUUUUAAAAAAAUUUCGAGCAAAACAACUAUGACUAAAAAAAUAUCGAGUAUGCAAGCAUUCAGCUCUCACCCUUACACAUGCAGUUGUCAUGCGCAAAAAUUAUAGAAAGGACAAGAGAAUUCUAGAAUGCUGUUAUAAUAAAUGUCACUACGACUGCAUCAACAAACGUGGCUAUAGUAUGGCCGUAUCAGUAAAACGCAUAUCGCGAUUUAAAUUAAAUACAAUCAUAUCAAAUACUUUAGAGGCAGAGCUUUGUAUUAUUCGAAUACAACUGCCACCUAUUCCACAUCGCAAUUUCCGUUAUUGAUAUUUCUAGCCAUGUUAAGAAAACCCUGGCACUUAUUAUUAUUAAUUACUUCAUUAAUAACUAGUGAGUAGUGUAUUAAAUGUAUUCCGUGCAGAAUAAUACGUGUAAACUGUAGCUAUCAUGUUCAAGUUAGAUAAAUUAAUCCUACAUUUUGAUCAAUUCGUCACUAUUAGGUUUCGGAAAAGCAUUUAAACAAUCAUGUAUGCACGUUCAAAUCAUUGUUUGAGCUGCGUAUUGGUCAAAUUAAAAAUACUCUUAAAAUGUGAAACGUUUUAAAUUUUUCAAUGACUCAAUGAAUCAGGAAAACUCAGGAAAGUCAUGUCAGAACGUAGGAAAUGCUGUUUCAGAGACCCAAAUUUUCAAAAACUUUCCGGGGGAGCAUGCCCUCGGACCCCCCUAGGAGAUGUAUCUGUCUAGUAAAGCGGACAUCCAAAACACUGGAUCUGCACCUUGACACCAUCACCCGGAUUAGUAUUGCCAAUUUGUGCAUAACCCAUUCGUUCGGUCAAGGGUUGUGGAUUGAAAUAGCUGAAAUCACGAAGUAUAUUUUCAAAAACUCAAUAAUUCAUGAGGAAAACACAAAGAAAAAUCAUAAGCGUGUCGUAUUUUUAAGGCCCGUUUAUACUUGCAAUUUUUACCGCGAUUUCUAGUGCGAUUUUCUCCUUCUGAUGGAUGUGAACGAGUAGAUGAGUUACGAAUGUUCGGAGUAUAUGUACCCUCAUCUGAACAUUCAUAACUUAUCCACUCGUUCACAUCCAUCAGAAGGAGAAAAUCGCACCUCAAAUCGCAGCAAAAAUUGCAAGUGUAAACGAGCCUUUAUAUGUGAUGGAGAUUUCCCUUGAUUUACAUAAACUUUAACUAUGAUUUUCUUGACUUACACAACGAAUUUUUUUGAAAAUUACUUCGCCAAUGAACUUACUGUCUUACUAGAUCGAUCGUUUUUUAAGCAAUUUUGAAAACAUUCGCUGUCAGGGACGUAGCGAAUCAGUGAAACUCAGGUAAAAUUCAACUUAAAAUUUUGACAUUUCAGGUAAAAUUUGCGUAAUAAAGUCAUUUUUGUGAAAUGAUAACCAUUUUUGUAAAAUACAGUAAAUUUACACCCAAUUCGUUUGCGAAUUUGCUUUAGAAACUGACGCCAAAAAUGCAGUCCUAGAGCUUCAAAAAUGUUAAAAUUUUCUGAGGGAGGACCCCCGACCCCCUCUUUUCUUCCGAAACUUAGUAUGACAGUGCAAAUCAAUCACAAAAAGGCUUUAUAAUAAUUAUUACACUUCAGGUAAAUUUUUAACGUUGAAGUUCAAAUUUCAGGUGAAAUCCUCCGACACCCAGCUUCAGACGCUUCCUUUACGUCCCUGUUCGCAGUGCGUGUGUUUAUCAGACCUAAAAGAUACUCGAUCGGCUUCGCCUCGUAUCUUCAUAUCUGAUAAAUACUGCUCAUGUUUUAAAAAGUACAUAAAGGCUGUGAAACUUUUGUAUUCAUUAAACAUUUUCGAAAAAAAUAAUAUCGUGCAAGAACACAGAGAUUAAAAAAUUCAGCGAGAUAUUGCGAGUACAAAAGUAUCCGAGCACCAAAAUUCGCAUAACCACCUCCCCAUCAAAAAUCUAAUGGUCCACCCCUUACAGAGAAAUUCGAAAUGUUCGUGUCAGAGAGGUGCCCGUAUUAGAGAGGUGUACAGUACGUAUCAGAGAGGUGUACAUAUUACAGAUAGGUACGUAAUAGCGAGAUACAGUUCGGCUGUUAUUGUUUAUAACACGCUUUGUAAAUAUAUUUUACCCACGACAGGUUUUGGUGGCUCUAAAAAGUACCACUGGUUUAUCCCAUGUUUACGUCGCCACCGAUAUGGGUGACUACGGUUCCAGUUGGCUUGUGCGCUAUCGGAAGAAGCAACACCUAGACGAAAACUUCUUCAAACUUAUCCAUGAUCAUAUAGUUGAAGAAUCCCAAGGGGUGGCUUAUAUCCCUCCGUCUCAUGUACAAGAUCGCGGUGUGAUAGCACUGGUUGAUAUGACUUUGAUCUCUAAAGCACAGUAUCUUAUAAGUGCCGGUACGGGGACAUUUCAAGCGUGGAUUGCAGCGAGGUUCUUACAGAACCAUCGUAAUGAUGAACAGCUAUGGUCUAAAAUCACUGUGUGUUAAGACCACUUACCUUGAGAUGAUACUGGAUUCAGUAACUAUGCCAGAGCGUUUCAGUUCAACCAGGGUGUCUAUAAGAAUGGGCGGUGAAACGCCAGUGAAAGCUUUGAAACAUGUGUGAUGCGCGGACCCCCACGUUGUUCGAAAGCGAUUUCAUUGCAUUUUCGUGUUUUAAGAUGGCGGGCUGCUUGAGCCAUAUUGAACUAAGGGCCGGACCAUUAGAAAAGUGAUGGGGGAAGCAAAAAUAAAAAUCGAGCACGAGAAACAGAAAAAAAAAUUCGAGCACGAAAAAAUAAUUAAAAAAAAAAUUCGUGCAGAGACUUUUCAAUAGGGAAAAUUAUAAGUUGUGUAAGGGUGGCCCCCAAAUUUGGAAAAUAAAACGUUUUUUGAUAUAAGUAAUGGUGUGAGAAAAUUUUUUCUAAACCUAAAUGCAGAUAUUGGUGCAAAAAACGCGUUUUAGGCAUGUUUUAAGAAGAAUUUGUCAGGGAAAAUGUGUUUUGAACCUUAACUAAACUGAUGUUAGUUACUCCGGCAAUUUUUUUGACCCUUUUUUAUUUCCUGAAAAAAUUUUUAUGUCCGGAAAAUUUUUUUCUACCCCCCUCCCCCCCCCUCGCCAACAAUUUUCGGAAAAAAAAUAAAAUUCGAGAUAGGGAUUAGUAAAAAAAAAAAAAUUAUCGACACAAGCAAAAAAUUUUGAAAAAAUCAUCGUACGGGUUGGAAAUGGAUCCCCCCCCCAUCACUUUUCUAAUGGUCCGUCCCUAAAAUAUAUGGAACGCUACGUGCAGCCCGAAGUCUGAAGCCGCGAUUUCCGGUUAGAACCACGUCUUUUCCCGCGAUAAAUACGCGCGGCCAAAACACAAGCAUUAAUUUGAUUUUAUAUAAAAUUGUUUUAAAAUAUCAAUCAUGUCGCUGCAGAAAGAUGUUUUUUAUUGAAUAAACUGUGUCUUUUUUAAUGAAAUUCAUGAAAACUAUGUCUAUGCCUAGUUUUUAUUUAGAAUUUACACUUACGUUAUUUUUUUUGUUUUUCGAAAUGCCAAUUACCAGGUGAGCAGAAUGCAAAGAAGUUAAACCUAGUUUUGUCCCUGAGUGUGGAAAAAUAAAAAUCUUUCAUAUGUACUUUUGACCGACAUUUAAACAUGACGAUAACAACCCUUAUCAGCCAUGAAUGAGAAUUAAGAAAUAGAUAGUAUAUUAUUAUGUAUUUAUUAUUAUAAGUAUUUAUUUAUUCAUUUUACUUUACUAAAAAUUCACAUUUCACAGGUAUUUAUUUAUUCUUCGUUUACUUUACUAAAAAUCCACAUUGUUUCCUGCCAAUACAGACAGAAGGGCGACAAUUAAGCUAAUUUACAUAAAUAUUAUAAUUAUUGUUAUGGAUUUCCUUUGAAAAAUAAUGCUUUACAAAAAUGUUGGGAGAAUUAUGUUCGAAAAGUUAAAAGUUAAAAAUAAAAAGCCAUGGCAAGUCAACCAGUACAGUCAUAUAUGCAGCAAGCAUUUCCAAUCAACUGAUUAUAUCUUGCCUCCUUCGUCCAACAACACAUGCCGACUCAAAGAAUAUGCUUUUCCAUCUGGUUCAGCUGUACAUUCUGACCCACCAACACUAACACUUUUUUGUAACAUAAGCUAUAUGAUCAUUCCACGUGAGACAUUCUCACAUUCAUCAAUGACAAUGGUAAUGCCAAGAAAUGUUGUACUUUUAACUUGUUCUACAUUUACAUCGUUCAUAAUAUUUGAAUUUUAU